UGGAACACAACACGAAAAAUGCACCGAAACCGAAAGAAACGUUUAAACACUUGGUUCACAGCGUCCGGCGUUUGACAGCGACAGUGCGAUCGGACGAACUGUCAACGCGGACACGAGGACUCAAAAACGAAAAGCACAGGAUGCCGAAAAGAAAGGAUGCGGCAACGGAUGAAGAGGACGAUGAGUAUCGUAAAAAGCGCGAUAGGAAUAAUCAGGCCGUAAAACGGAGCCGAGUGAAGUCGAAAAUGAAAACGGAAGAAACACAGCAGCGGGUGAACGAGUUGCGGGUGAAGAACCAAGUGCUGGAGGACAAAAUAGACACCCAGAGGAAGGAGCUUAAGUUUUUGAAGGAGCUCUUCCUCACUCAGGCGCAGGCAAAGGCCGACAAAUUGACUGGCGUUAAUUUGAACGAAUUGUUGCAAUGUUCGGACGAGGAGGAAGGAAGCGAAAGGGAGACCAGUACCAGCAAGCGUUCCAAGGAUUCGUCCAAAGGCGAAAGCAGUGGCUCGAGGAAGAGAUCCAAACGGUGAACACGGAGAGAGAACCGGAUACAUCCGCCAGCGAUAGGUUAAACCUCUAGAAUCUGUUUCAUAUAGCGCGCAGUAGAAGCUCACAAUUGUUUCUGAAAACAUGCUUUGCGCCAUUCUGGGUCAAUGGACAGUUUUCCGAUAACAUAUGUUUUACAAUAUGAUAAAACACAUAUGUUUUACCCUUUAUGUUAUGUGUGGUAUGCCACAAAAAGUACUUUUAUCCAAUAAUGACAAAAAAAAGUUAAACAAAGGUAGUCUUUGAGGAUCAUUAUGCCAUUAUCGCGCGAGGUUUAAAGUCAGAAUCAAAUUCAA